AUGAGGACCUUGUCUUUCCUUCUAAUCGCUGGUGCCACCGUGCAUGCCCAGGCCAUCGUACCGAAGCUUGUGGGCUCUAUCGAGCAACGGUCGCCGCCGCCGACCCUCUUCAAGCGCCAGCAGUUCCAGGAACCAUGCGAAGAAGUAGCCGCAUCAUGGGUAGCCCAGAAGGCGAAUGCUACCUCUGACCAGAUCUACGUCCCAGCUCAGGUCGCCUAUGAUUGUCUACAGUCCGUGCCGGUCGACAAGGACGGGGAUGUGAAGCAAAUCGAAGAGCUUAAGCAAUUCUUGCAAUUCCAGUCAACACUCAGCUACCUGAAAGACCGCCCGGAGAACCAGACCAAGCCAGUCGAUAUCAUCGGGGAGCUAGACGCAAUCUCCAGCAGAGUUCAGCAAGGGGCUUACACGAGCGACUACGAAGUCCAGCUUGCGAUCAAGGUCCUCCUUGACAGCGCCGUCGACUUCCACCUUCGCUGGUCAUCAGAUAUUCUGGAGCCUUUCGUGUUCCAGAGAUACGGGGUACUUCUGACGUCGCUCUCCCAGGAUGGACUCUCGCCACCCAGUAUCUAUCUUGCAACCGAUCUGGCCGCCAUGGAGAGCUUCAACUUCACACCCUCGCCAAUCAAGUCUAUCAACGGGAAAAAUGCAACUGAAUACCUUUACAAUAUCUCCAUGCAGGCAAAUUACCACGACGCGGACGCCAGGUAUAACCGGCUUUUUCUCAACAAACCCCGCGUGUCAAGCGGCAGCGUCGAGCCCGGCCCCUUUGCUCAGGGCGGUCUCUUUGAUGGACCAACUACGUCUUUUGUCUUUGCAAAUGGCACCAACAAGACCGUAGAGAACCUUGCCUUCGUCGGACCUAAUUUCGACUUUACCAAUGUAACCGAUGGCGAAUCUUUUUUCAGUACGUUUUGUCAAGGUGGUCCUCCCGACGACACAGAAGAGGCGACGCCUACUCCAACACCAACUUCCCGCAAUCAGACUUCUUCCACGGCAACUCCGACGCCAGAAGCUACACCCACGGGAUACCCUACGCCAAUAUUCUUCCAGAGUUCCCUUGCAGUGCAAGGAUACUAUCUGAAUGACACCGGAUACGAUGAUACCGCCGUCCUCGCAAUCCCCAACUUCGGCCCUAAGACCAAGGCUACGAACGAGACAGGCGCGAUGGAGACUCAGAGACUCCUACGCGCCUUCUUUGCCGACUGUAUCAAGCAAAAGAAGACCAAGCUCAUCAUCGAUCUUCGCGGAAACGGCGGUGGUACGAUCGACGUGGGCUUCGAAGUCUUCAAGCAGCUCUUCCCAACUGUCCAACCAUAUGGAGCCUCGCGAUAUCGCGCCCAUGAUGCGUUCCACAUCUUCAGCGCUGCCAUUGCCGACUUCGCGUCGAAUACGACGGUCGAAGGAAUAGAUCCCGACGCAUAUGCAUAUGGCAGCGAGAACAAUUUCUACUUCGGCAACAUCAUGAAUGUGGAUGGUCAACCAUUCAAAUCCUUCCAGGACUAUUAUGGCCCAUACACAUUCCACAAUGACACGUUCAUAUCUCCUCGACGGUACAACUUCUCCAACCACGCAGGCGGCUACACCAGCUCCGCGUCCUUCAACCUCACCGGCUACGCCCCCGAACCCACACCACCCCAACCCUUCGACGCCUCCAACAUGCUCAUCAUCCAAGACGGCCUCUGCGGCUCCACCUGCGCCAUCUUCUCCGAGCUCAUGCGCGAGCAAGCACACGUCCCCACCAUCUUCGUCGGCGGCCGCCCCAUGAACAGCCCCGCGCAAGGUGUCGGGGGCAGCAAGGGCGCACAGGUCCUCCCAAUCGAUGCCUUAGUGGAAAAUGCAGAACUUGUCGCGCAAUACACUCUCGCCGUCGACGGCGCCGCGAUGUCCAAGCUGCUGAAUGAGAGCGCGUUCGGGGUCCUAGCGAACCCCGAGCAGCUGAAGAAGAGGUCGGCGCAUUACACGGCCGAGACGAUUGCGGGGGCGAUGAACGCGCUGGACAACCUCAAGCAGAACGACAGCACGCAAACGCCGUUGGAGUUUAUCUACGAGGCUGCUGACUGCCGCCUCUUCGACACGUUCGAGUCGUUCUUCAGCCCUGUACCGUUGUGGAAGAGAGCUGUCGACGCUAGGUGGGGGAGUGGGAAGUGUGUGGAGGGGAGUAUGGGGCAUUCGACGGCGAUUAGUGUGAUGAAGGGGGAGGGGUUUAAUAAGCAGCAGGUUAAUGCGACAGAGCCGUUUACGGGUGCUGCUGAGGGCUUGCGGAUGUCGGGGUUGAUGGCGGGUGGUGUUGCGGUGGUGGUGGCAGCUCUGAUGCUGUGA